GCUUUGGAGAGCUUACCGCUUCCGGUGUGGGCGGAGCUUAGCCGGCCGCGGGUCGCUUCAGUCAUGGCAAUCGCCUCUCUCUUGGCUGCCGCUGUUGGGCGACAUCUGCGUCGGGGAGCUUCGGUGGGAAGACGCGUCUCCCGCCCGAGUCCAGGGGUGACGUUUGGCUGUCGCCGGGAGGCUUCUUCAAAAGAAGGGAAAGGCGAUAGCGGAAGCGAGGUGCCUUCCAAGAAUGUGGAAUCCUUUGCAUCAAUGCUGAAGUCCUCUCCUUUAAUUCAGAUGGGACCCGCCAAAGACAAAAUUGUCAUUGGAAACAUUUUUUACACAUUAGAAGAUGAUCUAUACAUUGAUUUUGGUGGCAAAUUUCAUUGUGUUUGCAAGCGACCAGCAGAUGGCAAGAAAUAUCAGAAUGGAUCUAAAGUCCGCCUAAAACUUAUUGACCUUGAACUCUCCUCCAGAUUCUUGGGAGCAACAAAAGAUACAACCUUACUGGAAGCUGAUGCCGUACUUUUGGGACUUAUGGAAGGAAAAGAAAGUAGAUAUAAAUAGUAAAUGCUUGUUGUUGUUGUUUUUUAAAAAAUCUCUAUUCUCUUGUAGCUAAAUACUUAGUCAUUUGUGCAGAAUAUUCCAUUUUAAUUAAAUGUUGAAAUUAUUCACCAUUAUUUUCUGAUUAAAAUAAAUC